CGCAUCCAGGGAGAAAGAGUAUGAAGGCGCAGUGCGGGCCUAUCUGGAAACCAGUUUUAUCCUAGUGACGCCUUAUGCUACGCCCGUGGUUGAGGACAGAGGAGUAUCUGCUGCCUCGAUGCCCAUGUCCACGGACUUGGUCAGCUUGCAAGUCGACCCCAACGCUGCUCCACUACCGCCAAACGCAGGUAGGAUGACUAAAGGGUGCCAUCUGCAGGUGAUGAUCAACCUCGCACCACGUAUUGGAUCCCUUCCUGAAUGGCUCAUCAACGCUUGUUUUCGCAAUCUCGCUUUCCAGAUUUUUGGCCAAGUCAGAGAAGCGGAAAAACUCUGUGAUGGGGACUUGUGUUACAAAGAUCGGCAACAGGAUCCACACAACAGCUUUUACAGCUUUAUCAAACGGCGCAUUCGCGAUUCGGUGCCGGGACAAACGUGUCCAGACGAAGCAGACUUACCAGUCCACAUCGAAGAAGAGUCUCUAGCAGUGCUACAAUCCGCCAGAAAUCUGCUACAGCGUGUGCAAGUCCAUGAUAUGAUGGCGAAAGCAAGGGAAGUCUUGCCAGAGGACUACAUUUUCAAGCAUCCUAAAGCGGCUGAUCCGAGGCUGUUGGAAGUGGACAAUACGUUGGAAGACGGAAGUAUCACUGGAGCAAAUCAUGGAGGGAUUUCGACAACUGCUGAGGGGGCAGAAGACUUGUCGCUUUUUGAUAGAAGAUACUGGGGAUUCACUGAUCCUGAGCCUAUAGAUGAUCAGAAGUAUAGGGAAACGAUAAUGUAUGCCUCGGAUCCGAUGAACAAUGGCCUGGUCGUGGCGAAGAAGGUAAUAUUUUAGCAACUAGUUCUUGUGUGUUAUAUUAGGCACAGCGUAAUAAAGUUAGACUAAGGUAGUUGUAUGUUGUACAUGUACUCAGCCCUUUUUCGUCUCAAUACUUUUCAUUUCGUUACUUUCUUGUUCUAGUGCGUAGUUCUACACGUCCACAAGCAUGGCAAUUUAAUCAUCUCACUGCAUCUCCAAACAACGGACAGGUAAAAGUUCCGCAGCAGCUUGGUGCCGGUGUAGCUACUCAAGAGGCUGGGAUUGGUCGAAUAGAAGAAAAGACCGAUGUAAAGACUGAAACGAAGGAAAAUGCCCCAAAGACGAGCACUAGUGUGUCACCGAGGAAACUGGGUCCCGAUGUGGAUGAUUUUUCUGAUGAGGAAGGAGAUGGAACCCCUAUUCGUACUAGGGCCGCUGGUGGUGGAAAUAAUACUCGUGGUGUUCACAGUACAAGUGGAGCUAACAACAUGCUGUCCAGUCAGGUCUUGAAGUCAGGUCCCCCAGGAAGCAACAUGAUUGACAGUGAAAAGGAAGCCCGAAGAGCAGCAUUGCAAGCUAGUGUGUUUGGCCAUGCCGCGACUGGAGAUUUGGUUUUCGAAGCAAGACCCUCCAUUAGCGGAACCACCGUAGCACGUGAGGAUCUAGACGCCAUGUCGGAGGUGAAUUACAGUGGACUGAAUUCAUCGGGGCCUCAACAUCAUCCUAGUCAGAUGAGAGAACAUGACAACUACACGCAGCAAGGUCCUCCUUCCUCCGAUCCUAGUUCUCUCGCCUUACCCAGACUCACUAGUGGACGCCUUCUGGAUCAUCAUUGGGCCAGAACCUACCUUAAAGCCGAACGCCGCGUCACCGUCCUAAAUGUGCAAGAAGGCAUGAAGGUCCGACCGGGCCUCCAUUGGCGAUACCAAGACGAGCACAUGAGCCAAGCCUUUGGGACGGUAGUGAAAUUCGACUUGAGAAAACGCUUUGUCCAAGUGAAGUGGGAAGAUGUCGGAUGGUUUUCGACAGAGACCAAGGUGCAUUCGCACUAUAGGAUGGGGCCUACCUUCUUUGAUUUGGCGGUCUGGAAAGAGGAAGAUCCGGAAAUGAAAGGGAAAGCACCCGGAAGUUGAGGAGGACUCACUUCUCCUGGUUGUAUCUGUGAAUAAACUACACCCUUUUUUGAUUUUUGCAAUUGAACUUAUUAAACUUACUUCUAGUACUCUUAGCCCAUACUUCUACUUUCCAAGUUGCCUCACGACUUUGACUGCCGAAUAACCAACCUUCUCCACACUUUUAGAGACUUUAACACACCAACAACAACAAAAGCAAAAUGCCAUCACGCUGCACACGUCUCUGUCCUGUAAUAUGGAUUCUUUUCAUCUCGUGCAAGAUAAGACUGUUGACUAUCUAAGGUUCAUAAGCUUAUACAACUUCGGAGACCUUUCUUCGCUGUAUUGAAAAAAAAAUCUUUAAACAGCCCACAAAAGCAAAGGGUUGAUUAGAGCUUCUACCUGACAAUGUCGAGUCAAAAAGAACAUGAUAAAUAAGUACAACAUAGUCAAGAUUCUCGUUACCUUCUUCAACGGGACUAUUUUUAAGCACGCUCUUUCUACUUCAUCGCAAAUACUACAAUGAAAUUCGUCCAUAUCAAUGACUAGUUUGAUGUCAUAGCUUGUUCAACUUCGUCCCAGACACUGAUCUGAGGUGAAGUCCCUCAGCCCGUUCCGUCCUCCCCUGUAUUAGUCUUUUUUUUGAAAUGGUUUGCCGUGUAUGUCGAUUUCACUUGUUUUUCGACAAGCACCCCCCAACAAGUACGUAGCAGAGGAUUGGAUAGUCAUAUCCAUCUAUUAGACUUUGACCUACUUGUGAUGAUGAAAGUGUAACUGCGUUAUCAAGCAACCCC